UUCCCCUCCCCUCCCCCUGCCUCAGCCCUCAGUGUUUGUUUUUCUCCCGGAAGCAAACUUACAGAUGAAAGGGUUGGCCUGCCCGUGCCCUGCCCUACCCAACCUCUCGGAGCUGGGGACCUGCUUAAUGGCUGAGGGUUCCCGGACUCAAGCGCCACGUCAAGGAUCUCCUAUAAACAUCCAAUUUCUUCGCGCCCAGUAUGACAGUCUGAGGAGACAGCAGAGGACCCAGGCUCACAUAAUGGUGUUCCCUAAAGAAGGAGCCAUGCCUACUCCAGCGGAAUCGAUGACCAGUGCUGUUUGGAUUAACAAAGAGAGAAGGAGCUCACUGUCCCUGGAGGAGACUAACUCUGAGGUUGAGGGGAUGUUGGAGGAAGUAGACAGAAGCUGCCACCAGGCUCCCGAAACUCCAUGGCACACAUACCUAGAGAUGCGUCGCUUGGUCCAAACCUUCCAUCUGGAAGCCAGUCACCAAGGGAACCUCAAGGGAGACCUUUCGGAGUCAGAACCAAGGCUAUCUCCAGAAGGAGACCCCGAUGUGUCAAAAAACAAUCAGAAGACACAGCAACAAAACAAAAUCCCAGAGGCUGCUCAGUGUCAAAGUCAGGAGGGUGGUAUCCCGCUGCAGGAGGCAGGCUCCAGCUUACAAGCCAACACUGAGUGUCUUCCUUCCACAAAGAACCUACACAGGUCUGGAAAACCAGCUCACUACCCAUUCCCCCAGAGGAGACCACCCAGGAUCUCCCAAGCUGCCAGAAACUUGGGCUUAUAUGGCCCUCCCUAAUGCUUUCCACUC